AUGGAAGAAGCAUUGUGGGCAUACAGAACUACAUACCGUAUACCAAUAGAAAGCACUCCAUACUCACUGGUAUAUGGGGUUGAAGCAGUUUUGCCUCUUGAACAUCAAAUACCUUCGUUAAGGUUAGCUAUUCAAGAAGGUCUUACAAACGAGGAAAAUGUAAAGUUACGGUUGGCAGAGUUAGAAGCUCUCGAUGAGAAGAGGUUACAAGCUCAACAAAAUUUAGAAUGCUAUCAAGCUCGAAUUUCUAGAGCUUUCAACAAAAAGGUGAGGGUUGGCUCAUUUCAAAUUGGUGACAAGGAUUCUAUUGAAGUGACUCAUUUGCGUUUAGACUUAGUUGCUUUUGUUCAUAUUCAAGUUCAAUUACUUUCUUUCAAGUUCACUUUUGCACUUGUAAUCAAGAAAAUUGUUUGCAAUAUUGUUGAGUAA